GGCACGUGAAUGCGCACGCGCCUGUUGGCCGGGGAUCUGUGGCAGUUUGGGAUCCUUCUCGUUUUACGUCAAUUACAGUCUGAAGUCUGGAACACAUAGACAUCACCAGACGCUGGGUUUCAUCCCUGGAGAUUUCUUUGCCAGGCCUCUACUGCAACCGUCUUCAGUUCCUGCUUGUUCUUGGGGCAUUUUCCCUUCAGUUUGUCUUCAGCAGCUGUUAUGGAGAAUCUGGAGGAGGAUUUGACAUGUUCGGUGUGUUACUCUCUCUUCAGUGACCCGAGAGUUUUACCCUGUUCACACACUUUCUGUAAGAGCUGUCUGGACAACGUGCUUCAGCUCUCCGUUAUCGCAUCCAUCUGGCGUCCACUCCGUUUGCCGCUCAAAUGUCCUAACUGCCGCAGCGUGACUGAGCUGCCGAGCAACGGAGUGGACGCGCUCCCAGUAAACGUUUGCCUGCGUGCCAUCAUAGAGAAAUAUCAACGAGACGGCCGGCCCCGUUCUCCUGCGUGCCCCGAACAUCCCGGGCAGCCUCUAAAUGUCUAUUGCGUUCAGGAUCGCGAGCUCAUAUGCGGCUUCUGCCUCACGGUCGGACGGCACCAAGGCCACGCCAUUGACGACCUCCAGAGCGCCUACGUGAAGGAGCGAGCCGCUCCAGUGCAGCUGCUGGAGGGUCUGAGAGGAGAAGAGAUCAGCAGCCUGGCCGAGCAUCUACGGCAGGAGAAGGUUCAGAGUGAGAGUGUCAUGCAGGAGGACCGGAAGGCUGUGGCACAUUUCUUUGAUGAGCUCAAGCUGAUUCUCGCUGAGAAGCAGGAUCAGUUCAUGCGGGCUCUCGACGGGGCGAGCGUGCUGCUGGUGGAGACGUACGAUCCACUCAUCGAGCAGCUAGAGGAACUGCAGGAGGAGGAGAGUGCGCUGAUAUCUUUAAGCUCCAGUAUUGAGAAGGAGGAAGAAGAGCCGCUGGCUUAUCUGGAGAAGGUGCAUCAGAUGAGGGCACGUGUGAACACUUUAAACCAGAUUGUCCUGCCGCAGGUAACCGGUCUUCAAAUCGCACCGCGAGUGCAGGAAUUCAUCGAGGAACACUGGACUCGUGUCACUGUCAGGGAACUUCAAGACGGACCAAUUCCUGACAUCUCAUGUUAUCAUCCACACAUACACUCUGUGAAAAGUGCACAAAAGCAAUAUGAGAAGCGCCACUUCUGGUGCUCUUCUGUCUUUCUUGUGUUGUUUGUCCUCGUGCUGGUGUGUGGAAGCUUCUUUGUUUCAUCAGGGAUCACUGCUUCACUUCAGCUUCAUUAUAUAGAGACACAACUCUACUGUAUGUUACACAACAUUAACACACAUAUCAGCGCUUGCAUAUACACUCUUGGACAAAACACCUACCAACUGCUCCUCACCUGUCUCAACAUACUACACACACAGUAAUGACCUUUCACAACUUUGUUUCAUCAGCGUUCAAAGGAAAGCAUGCAAGUCUAAAAUCAUUUGUGUGUUGAAGCUAUGAACGUCACAUUACCCAUGAUGCUUUUCUUCAUUCACACAUAUAAAGUGUUCUCAUGUAAUCGCGUUCUCUAGUUCAAGAUGAAGCAAUACUGCCUUCGUAUGGGAAAUAGGAGUUUCCUAGGUAAAAAUUGCACAUGAAUGCCCCCUGAUGUCAUGUUUCUCACUGGGAAUUCAUUUGUUUCCCAACACUUUAAACCUGGCGGAUGGGAGAAGAAUUUCUGCUGUGACAGGUCUGAUGGAAACACUUAAAGGAAAAGUUCAUCUCAAAAUCAAAAUUGAUUUAUUUACUCACCCACAUAACGUUAAGGGAUCUUCAGAACAAAAAUUAAGAUAUUUUAGGUGACAUCUGAGAAAUUUCAAGGCCUCCUCAUAGACAUCAUGGUUAUAGUUGUUGUCAAGGUCCAGAAAAGCGCUGAGGACAUGGUUAAAUCGGUCCAUCCGCUCAUAAUGACUCAAUGUCCUGUAUGCAUGCCCUGCUGCUCACGUAUUUCAGGCUACAUCUCAGUUUUACGCAGAAUUCUCUCAUAGCAAAACAAGGUCCUGUCGUUGUCUUUUUUCAGAUAUUCGCAUAUAAUAUAAUCAAUAGAAUUGGCUAGUUAAUCAAAAUAUGCAAAUAUAAUAUUAUACAUACAGUAUAUAUUAACUUUUGUUGCAUACCUGUUUUAUAUAUGCUACAACAAUAGAUUGUUGUAUUAAUGAGUUUAAGAAGCUUUAAAGCAGCCCUGCAAUGAUGUGUCAUGCAUUUGACAUAUUUACAAUAUUAAAUGUGGUGUGCACUCCAUCCAGGGUGUAUCCUGCCUUGAUGCCCGAUGAAUCCUGAGAUAGGCACAGGCUCCCCGUGACCCGAGGUAGUUCGGAUAAGCGGUAGAAAAUGGAUGGAUGGAAAUGUGGUGUGUUAUCACGCUUAACAUGGUCAACUUGUCAAAAAACUUACGUAGUAUUUCUGUGCUUGAUACACUCCCCCACCAAUCGUUCUGGUUUCGGAAAGUUUUUUUCGAACAAAUAAAGCUGUUUCAUAAGAACUUAUCAUAGUCUCUUAUUGGUUAAAUUGUUAUUUUGGUUUAUUUUUCGCACAUAAUCUCAUAAAAAAAUCAAAAAUGAAUUCUCGGAUGUCACUUGAAAUAUCUUUAUUUGUGUUCAAAAGAGGCCGAGAGGUCUUUAAACAUGUUGAAGUUAUGUGGGCGAGUAAAAAAUAAGUUUGAUUUUGAGGUUAGCUUUUCCUUAAAGGACCAGUACACACUGAUGUGUUUGUCAUGAUUAUUGAUAUUAUUGAUAUGCUAUUAGCAAAACAUGAAGGAGCAAAAGAUUGCUUUCUGUCUUGAGACCUGUUAGACAUGUGGCUUUUGAGAACACUUUUCUGGCUUGCACUGGAAGAAUAUCUAUCAUUUGUAAAUCCUUAUACCAGAAAAGUUUAAUAGUUAAAGAAACUUUAACUGCAGUCAGUCAAUGUUAUGAAAUAAAAGCAGUUGUCCACUUCUUGCCUUUUGCUUCAGAAAAAAGGAUAUAAAUAUUUAGAUAAUGUACAAUAUUAAAAUAAUUAUUAGUGAUGGUUAUUGGCCAAAAUGUACAUACUGGUACAGUGACAUUUCCCCAAAACAGAUGCAAGCAUGAAUCUGCUGUCAAUGCCAACAAUAACACAACCAGCUCCGAUGCAUGACUACACAAAUGGGAAUGAUCAAAUUUGAAUGAAAAAAACACACCUUACUGCACUGCCUCGGCCAAUGAUAUGAGAAUUGCAGAAAUUAUUUAUUCUUUAAAACAUUUGUAUUAAACUGAAUUAUUGAUCAACACCGCUGUAUUCAUAUUUGAACUUAUAAUAUUGAUUAACACAUUUUAAAGAAGUCUUUUGCUGUAUGGGUACAUAGGACAGUACAUUCUUUCAGCAGUCAGAAAUGGGCCUAUUCAAGAAGGGAGAGGGGGCUGAUUGUUUUGUUUUAAUCAAUAUUAUUUUUUAUAUUACGAAAUAUUAAAAGCACAUAUUGACCAUUCAGUUAAUGCAAUGUUUAAAUAUUGGCUAAAUAAAUAAAAUGCUUAAAGCCGUGUUCGGUA